CGUCUGUAGAUUUUCCAGAGUUACUCUGGAAAAACUCUGGAAAAUAACAGAAUUUCCAUGAAUUUCCGUGAAUUUUCAUGGAAACCAGCUUUUUUCCACAGUAAUUCCAGAGUACUCUGGAAAAAUUUUCAUGGAGAACUCUGGAACAUGAUUUUACCAUCAAAAGAAAUCUCCAUGAAACACCUCCGGAAACUCUGGAAAGUCAACACUUAGAAAUUUUUCAAGGAGUUGUACUCUGGAAAACACUUAGUCAUUUUUGUGAAUGUUCUGGACUUAGAAAAUUUUCAGCUGAUUUUGGACUUAGAAAAUUUUCAACUAAUUUCAGCAUUUACUUCAUUUUUUCUCCCCAGUGCAACAGUCUUCCAAAGAUGUGUUAUAUACAUCUGCAAAAACACCAAGGUUCAACAUUAUUAAUACCACUUGUAAAACUAUAUGGGACUAAAGUACUAAAGAUUUGUUCAGAAGAUUAUUAAAAUCAUGAAUAUAUCUAAUUUGAAGUGAAUGUAUAAACUUAGUAUAUAGUUUGGAAAGGUUGAUUCCUAGUAUUUGUUAAUUUGAUUUGGUUGAUUCUUUUAACUGUCAGUUUUUUUAUUUACACUUAUCUUACUGACUACAGUAAUUAUCAGGUUUUUUUUUUUCAAAAAUCAAAUUUGAGCAUAAUAUAUCUGUACCUAUAAAAUUUAUACAUUAUCAUAAGGAAUAACGUUGGCCAUGUAAAUAAUUCAAUUAUCAGUCAUAAUUUGUAGCAGGCAUUUGAAAAUAUUGUGCCAUGUACAUAACAGGGGGUUAUAAAAAUAUUUGAUGAAGCAUAGGCCCUAUCAUAUGUACAAUGGUCACAUGAUUAUAACUCUUAAUCCAUGGUAAUUAAGACCAUAUAAUUAUGUUCAAUAUAAUUUAACUUGAUAUUAAUGUAAUGAGCAAUUAUUAAAAAAUAUAUUUUUUAACUAAUAACUAUACCAAAGCUAACAUUGUUAUCUAAAUCCUUAACUUUUUACAUUACCUUUAUCUGAAUCCAUCGUUGUUCAUUUCAGAGGCAUAUAAUAAGGUAUAUAGUGUCUCUGUUAAUUUGUAUACAAUUUUAUCUCCAUAAUGUCAUCACACUUUCCAGAACCUGUUUUGUUUGAAUGUCCGGAAAGAAAUAAAAUAAUCUUUUCUACAAUAAUAAACAUUAUGAGGCAGGAUCCCGUAAAUCUUUGAUUGUAAGCUGGUAAACUACACAGAACGACCUGCCACAUGUGAUGCCAAGCUACUACAGGUGUGGUUUGAAAUUGACCAAUCAAAAUAAUGAACAGUAUUGGCGGUCAUUUGAACUCACAGUUAAUAUGCUGAUAAGCGUUUGGCUGUUUGUUGUGGCAUGAUGGAGAAUUCACUUGCAUUAGGAAUUUGGAUAAAUGACAAAAAAAACUUGGAACAAUCUUGAAAUUAGAUGACAUAAAAGUGCCUAGAAAGAGCACUGACAUGUACAAAGAAGGAGACAUAGUGGAAACUAAGUGUUGGGGAUUUAAAGGGUUGCACAAGUGCUUGUUGGCAAAAAUUGGAGGAGAAACAGACCGCAGUAAUUUAGAGGAUAUAUUAAGAGGGGAUGCAUUUAACGAGUUAAAAGAAAAAUUUAACAUCAAAGACGAGGAAGAAACCAUUGAUGACUUGGGCCAUUUGAAAAGGAGAAAAUCUGAUUUACCGAAUCAGCUUUUAGCAAAAAUUGAAGGGGUUACUGAUUAUUCCAAGGCCGCAAAAACGCUAUUUAGGACCCUUUACAAGGAAGAGGAGUAUCACGGCCGGUCCUUGUGUGGCGGAAAGCCGAAUAAGAGGUACCUGGCAAGGCCACCACUUGAAGACCAAACAAAACUGCACAUAAUAUAUGAUAUUAUUCAUGAAAAGUAUGGCCAAGGACCAUCAAAUAUCAAAGAAAAGUUAAGGGAGAUAUUAAAACCAACACUAAACAAAUGAAGAGACUUGAUAUGAUGUGUUUGUGUCCAUAAAUAUUAAAGAUGUUCAAAGAAUUUUUAUAGUUAUCUUUUUGUUUAUGAAAUGUUAAAAAGUCAGAUUACAGAAGUUAAGGUUCAAAUGUAUGAUUGAAUGAGAAUGCAUCUUGAAAUAAAAGAUAGUUAUAUCAUUA